GCGAACUUCGAACCCGAUGUAAAUACACUAGGUUGUCGUGUAAACGUGUCUUUCACUCUUUGAUCAUGUGAAGUUACAUAUAACGGUAACAAACUCCGAAAUCCCGUUUAAUGUAAAGAGAUUAGACCGCUAAAGUCAUCGACUGAAUAAGCAUUCCUAUCAUCAUCCAGACAAAAUGCCGACAUCACAGGAGCUAUCAGAGGUGAUGAGCGUCUACCCAAAGCUGAAGUAUUUUGAGGAGCUUUCCUGUGGACUGACAGACUCACUGCAGACCUCUUUGUUUGCUGACGUACAGAUCGAGGUGGAAGGGGAGACCUUCAAUUGCCACCGGAUUAUCCUGGCUUCCAUGUCUCAUUACUUUAAAACCAUGUUCACUUCAAAAUUCAAGGAGAGUAGUUUACCAAAAGUCCAUCUCAAGGAUUUGAAUAAAGAAAUCUUUAGAGCAGCUCUGGAAUACAUUUACACAGGUCAAAGUUCAGUCAAGAACAGCAAUGUCUAUCAUCUGCUUUCGUGCUCAUCAAUGUUACAAAUCAAAGGCCUCCAAUCCAUCUGUAGUGAGUUUCUACAGAAAAGCUUAUGUCAUAAUAAUUGUAUAGGGAUCUGGAAGAUGGCUACAGGGCAUGGGUUACCAGAACUACAGAAAAAGAGCUGGGAAACGAUCCAGGAAAACUUCCCGGAAGUCUCGAAAUGUGACGAGUUUUUGCAUCUGUCUCAGGAUGAACUGAUUCAGAUCAUUGACUGCAAAGACUUAUUUACAGUCAAAGAGGAAGAUGUCUGUGAUGCUGUCCUGAGGUGGGUAAAAGGGGACCCCAAUAGGAAGAAAGGCCUGGUGGCUGUAUUCAAAGUGCUGCGACUAACCCAGAUGUCCCUGGAUUAUCUCUGCAAUGUCAGGGAAGGUGAGGAAAUUGAAGAAUGCUCAGGCUGCCGAACUCUAGUCUUGGAGGCUAUUGAUAAAAUUAAUUCUGCCCUCCCCAAUGAGUUCUCCUGCCCCGAGUCGGAGUACAGACAGGAAGAAGUGGUUUGUAUGGUGGGAACGAGGAGCAGGGAACCCAACCCUCAGAAGAUCGAGGUCCUGUGCUACAGCUUCAGACAUAACAACAAGUUCAAGUUCUCCACUCUUCCUGUAGAACCAGGCCCAUGUUUUGCUGUCUGUAUUCUCAACAGAGAUAUUUACAUUUCUGGAGGGUACAACCAGCAGAAUCUGAUGCUUCACUUUAACACGGAGCACAACACGUGGACAGAGUGCAAGCAGAUGAAAAUAGAAAGGUGGUCCCACUCUAUGGUGGCUGUCGGGAAGCACCUCUAUUUGCUGGGCGGGACAUCCAGAACCAACGAGACCCUCUCCAGCAUUGAAAAGUUUGACCCAGAAACAGGAACGUACGAAGAAGUAGGUCAUCUAGAAGUACCAGUCUCCUCCAUGACUGCUGCAGUCUUUGGGACCAAAAUCAUAACCUUUGGAGGCAAGCUGGGAGACCGAAACUCAGCCUCUGUAAUUCAAUUCUUCGACAUCUCCAAUAAAACUAAGGGUGUGCUGGGGAACCUCCCGGAGUCCUGCGCGGGCAGCAUGGGACGAGCGGUUUAUUUUGAGGACAGACUGAUCAUUGUUUUCCGUGAGGGUCAGGUCGUGGAGUACUCGGAAGACACCGGACCCUCCAUAGUCUGCAUGAUCGACAAAUUUGAUCACUUUGGGGCAGUGAAUCACAAUGGGGAAAUCCUGGUCCUAGGGAAUCGCAGUGGGAGUUUCUAUGCCGUCCUGUUUAAUCCAUACAGCGGAAAAUCCAGACACAUUCCGGCCCCCUUCAAAGCUCCGAUGUGUAACUUUUAUUGCUUGAAAACCACUGUCAGCAAAAAGUAUUUAAAAUAGUAAAGGACCUUUUAUAUUCUAUUUACAUUUUCUUUCUUUUACAUACUUUUUUAUGCAAUGCAUAUAAUUUGUAAUGUUUCAUGAACAAAGUCAGCACAAUUAACAUGUAUUUUUAUACCCUUGUUUAUUUGACCUUUUUGCUUGUUGUAAAACAACCCGUACUUUCCUACUGUUUUCUACUUACCAUGUGUGAUGGCAAUAGUGCCAAAAUGUAGUAUUUUAAAUGAAAAAAAAAAUAAAUUUUUUGAGUAGUCAAAAUUGACUUUAGAUUACUUUUU